AUGUUGGAGGCCCUCAGCGUCAGCCUGCCGAAGUCGGUCGAGAAGCUGCUGCUGGUCAGCCGCAGCUUCGGCUAUGCGGAGUCCGGCGCCUUCGACCUGGGGUCCAUCUUCGGGUCCCCGGCCUCCUGGAAGGACAUCGAGCGGACUGUCGAGCGCAUGGGCCAGUAUCGGCCCCUGCAGCUGCCGCUGCGCAUCAUCUACGUGCGCGCAGGCCAGAUGCCUGCGGGAGGCGCCCCGCGGCAGGUGGUAAAGUGCACGCUUCAGGAGCCAGAGGGUGUGCCGGAGGGCAGCACCUGCACAACCACCAGCCCAGAGGGGGUGGCGAACUCGGUGAUGGUGGCGCUGAAGCUCGGCGUGGACGCCAGCUUCUUCAUCCGGGAGGAGGAGGCGCCUCCGUCCGGGGCGAAGGAGUGCGACUGGAAGGAGAUGAUGCUGCUGCUCAUCGGGCCCGAGCUCUUUCGCGCCCCCGUGGGCGACGCGAAGAGCUGCGUCAAGUUCAUACAGGACUUCGCGAAGGGGCAGGAGGGCAUGAAGGUAGCCACGACUCCCUGCGGGGCCAUCUGCAAGUUCAGGCUGUUCGGGAAGGGCACGGGCACGCCCUUUUGUAAGCUCGACUAG